AUGAUAGGCAUUCCAAUUUUGAGGCCAAUCCUGGGGUCUGGGAAGUGUGCCAAAGAACUGGAAUCUCAGAAUGACGAGGCUAUCAAAGGUCUUAGUGCUAAAUUCAGACUACUUGAAGAAAUCACCGUUUAUAGAAGACUUGAGAACAAAAGAAGAGAAAACACGGGACUUGAGAAUCAAUUCUCGGGCACACUUGGAGCGGCGUCGUUAGGCUUGAGGCGGGGUGUGGCCGCGAUCACAAUUCCGGUGGAUGAUGAAAACUGGCACAGUUACCAGAGCGGGUAUGGCAAGAAGAGCAGCGAGAUUUAUGUGAAUGCAAUGAUGCGAGUGAUUGAGGAGUUACUUAAAGUGGAGAAGACGGAAGGCCCAAAUUAUUUACCCGCCGGAUGCGUCCUGAACAUCAACCUUCAACAAGCGGGACCUCAGACCAAUUGUAACAGGGCCCAGGACUACCGCUUUGUCCUCACUACCAUCUUUGGUAGCAGACAUCAGUGCGGAAUCGACCUUUGCGGUUCCCACUUCUUGCCCAGCGAACAGGCUGUGCUCGACUCUCAAAAUGGCUGUUGGGUUCCUCUCAUCCAAUCUCACUCAGACCCUGGCGCGAUGAGUUUGCUAGUUUGCAAAAGCUGCGGGGGGUUAAUGAACAAUGAAAUUGUCGAAUUCAUUGUAGACCGGUUGAAGCAUAUUGUAGUUGUGCAGUGA